GGGCGGUUUCGGGAGGCGCCACGCGUCGCGAAGUGAUGACGUCAAGCGCGCGCCUCGCGUUCUGCGUGCGCAGCUGCGGGUUGUGGGGGUCUUGAUCCCAGGUCCUGAGUGUAGGGAGAGGUGAGCUGUGCUGUUUGCAAGAUGUCUCGUGCUGUUGACUCUGCGGAUGAGGAAGAGGAGCAGGCGGAAGAGGAUUGUCCUGAAUUGGUACCCAUUGAGGCGAAGCAAAGAGAGGUGAAGGAGGAGGAGGAAAAGUCUGGCCCCGGCGCUAAGAUCCCAGUCACAAUUAUCACUGGGUAUUUAGGUGCUGGGAAGACAACACUUCUUAACUAUAUUUUGACAGAGCAACAUAGUAAAAGAAUAGCAGUGAUUUUAAAUGAAUUUGGGGAAGGAAGUGCAGUGGAGAAAUCCUUAGCUGUCAGCCAAGAUGGAGAACUCUACGAAGAAUGGCUGGAACUUAGAAACGGUUGCCUCUGCUGUUCUGUAAAGGACAAUGGCCUUAGAGCUAUUGAGAAUUUGAUGAAGAAGAAAGGGAAAUUUGAUUACAUACUGUUAGAGACCACUGGAUUAGCAGAUCCUGGUGCUGUAGCUUCUAUGUUUUGGGUUGAUGCUGAAUUAGGGGUUGAUAUUUAUCUUGAUGGUAUCAUAACUGUUGUAGAUUCAAAAUAUGGAUUAAAACAUUUAGCAGAAGAAAAACCUGAUGGACUUAUCAAUGAAGCUUCUAGGCAAGUUGCUUUGGCAGAUAUCAUCAUCAUCAAUAAAACAGACUUGGUUUCAGAAGAGGAUUUAAACAAGUUAAGAACAACUAUUAGAUCAAUAAAUGGACUGGGAAAAAUUUUAGAAACACAGAGAUCAAGAGUUGACCUUGCAAAAGUAUUAGAUCUUCAUGCCUUUGACAGUCUCUCUGGAAUAAGUUUGCAGAAAAAACUUCAACAUGUGCCAACAACACAACCUCAUCUUGAUCAGAGUAUUAUUACAGUCACAUUUGAAGUACCAGGAAAUGCGGAGGAAGAAAGUCUAAAUGUUUACAUUCAGAAUCUUCUGUGGGAAAAGAAUGUGAGGAACAGGGAUGACGACUGCAUGGAGGUCAUACGGCUGAAGGGGCUAGUGUCAAUCAAAGACAAACCGCAUCAAGUGAUCAUCCAGGGUGUCCAUGAGCUAUAUGAUCUGGAGGAGACACCAGUGAACUGGGACGACGACAGUGAGAGAACAAAUCGAUUGGUCCUUAUUGGCAGGAAUUUAGAUAAGGAUAUUCUUAAACAACUAUUUAUAGCUACUGUGACUGAAACAGAAAAGCGAUGGACAACACAUUUCCAAGAAGAUCAAGUUUGUCCAUAAUACUAGAAGUAUCGCCAAAAGGACUGGAUGAUAAAAGUGAGAAUAAGUUUCUUGUUGGAUGUACUUCAAGCAUCUAUUUUUUGCAUUACUUUUCUUAUGAAUUACAGUGUAUCCUUUAAAAUAGUAUUUAUUUUAUAGAAUACAUAAAUAUAGUAAAUCAGUAAUAUAAAACCCUUGGCAUUCAUUCAAUAAAAUGUAAUUUCCUAUGA